AAUCCAGCAGUUGUCAGUUUUUUGGGUUAGGUGAUUUUAAAAUUCUGGCUCUAAUUUAUUUUAAUAUACGAACAUUAUAUAAAAUGGGGCGCCGAAAACCUGGUUUUAGGAAAAAUCACCAGUUUUCCAACCAAAAACAAGAGGGGCAAAGCAGUGUAGACACUCGCAAAGCUUACAACGACAUAAUAAAAGAAAAUGAUAAGUUUGUAAAAUAUUACGAAGUCCAAAACGUAUGCAAGAAAGAGGAAUAUGAUGCGUUUAUAACUAGUUUAAAGACAGACUUACCGGCGACUUUUCGCAUAACUGGGUCUAAGGGAGAAGCUCAUAAAAUGUUAGAGAUUGUCCAAGGCCAGUUUAUUAAGGAUUGUUUAAAUCAGGGCGACUAUGAAGGGAAGCCUCCAAACAUAUUCCCUCUGCCGUGGUAUCCAAAUAAGUUAGCGUGGCAAUUGGAACUGACACGGAAAGAUAUUAGACGGUGUGAGGCCUAUUACAAAUUACACAAUUUUUUAAUUUCUGAAACGGAGCAUGGAACAAUUUCACGUCAGGAGACAGUCAGCAUGAUACCACCUUUAUUAUUGGACGUCCAACCACAUCAUAAAGUUUUAGACAUGUGCGCCGCCCCUGGGUCGAAAACAGCACAACUUUUGGAAAUGUUACACGCAAAUGAUGAUCCAAUUCCCUCAGGCUACGUUAUCGCAAAUGAUGUUGAUAACAAGAGGUGUUAUAUGUUGGUCCACCAAGCUAAAAGAUUGAAUUCGCCUUGUGUGGCUAUAAUAAACCAUGAUAGUGCGAUUUUACCAAACUUAUCAGCGUCUUUACCUGAUGGAUCAGUUGAACAAGUCCAGUUUGAUAGGGUUUUAUGCGACGUUCCAUGCUCUGGAGAUGGGACUUUGCGAAAAAAUCCCGAUAUUUGGAUGAAAUGGACUCCCGCAAAUGGGUUAAAUUUACACGGAAUUCAGUCCAGAAUUUUGAGAAGGGGGGCUGAAUUGUUGACAGUAGGGGGGCGAUUAGUUUACUCAACUUGUUCAAUAAACCCAAUUGAGAACGAAGCUGUGAUUCAUAGAUUAUUAUCAGAGACGGAUGGAGCACUUCAAUUGGUUGAUGUCAGUAAUUCUUUACCUGGACUCAAAUAUGUCCCAGGUUUGGAGAACUGGCUAGUGGGGAGCAGAAAUUUGGAAUUUUAUUCAUCUUUCGAAGCAGUAGAUGAGAAAUGGAAGACGACAAUAAGGCCACAAAUGUUUCCUCCCAAGCCCGAGGAUAAACAUUUGUAUAAUUUGCACAAAUGUAUGCGUAUUUUGCCACACCAUCAAAACACAGGAGCCUUCUUCGUUGCUGUUCUUGAAAAACUCAAACCUCUUAGCUCUAAAGAAAAAUCUUUCAAAACGAACGAGGUCUCCGAUACUAAUACUAACAACAAACGCGAAAAUGAGGAUAAUUUGCCACAAAAUCAGCGGAAGAAACGCCGGAAAGAAGGCUACAGGGAAGAUCCUUUUGUUUUCUUUAAAGAGGAAGAAUCAGUUUGGAAUGACAUCAAAUCAUUUUAUGAAAUUUCGGACGAUUUCGAUUCAAAAUCUCUAUUGACGCGUUGUCAUGUCGGUAAAAAAAAGAACAUUUACUUAACAUCGAAUGCAGUCCGCGAUUUGGUUAUACAAAAUCAGACUGUCAUUAAAUUUAUUAACACGGGUGUUAAGGCCUUUGUUCGUUGUGAUAAUAAAAACAUGAAAUGUGCCUUCAGGAUUGCAAACGAUGGACUUGAAAGUAUUUAUCCUUACAUUGGAGAUAGUAGAAAGGUAGACAUUCCAAAAGAGGAUUUGAUUACAUUGUUGUUGAAUGAUAAUCCAGAGAAGUCACCACCCAUUACGUCAUUGUCUGAAAUUGUGCAGAAGCAAGUUGAACAUCUUAGUCCUGGAAGUUGCGUUUUAAUUUAUAAAGAAGAAAUUGAGGGUAGUGAAGUUCCUUUAAUUAUUCAUAUCAGUGGUUGGAGGGGCACUACUUCUUUGAGGUGUUACAUGUCGCAACACAGCACAGUUCAUCUUCUUCGGCUUUUAGGAGGCGAUAUCUCCAAAUAUGAUGUUAACAAGUUCAAGAAGGCGGAGGAGGAGGAUGGAGAAUCGAAAGAAGAGGUCAAGCCAGAGUCCGGGACUCAAUAAAAGCAUUCAGCCUCGGAACAAUGAGAGCAUUGGGUGUAGUUCUCGCGACGUUCGCAUUCCAUUAGGAGGUGUUCCAUCAACAUCGACACUUCCACCACUUGGCUGCAUUCCUUGCAACGGACCAACAUGGGACACGAGCGCCAGUAGUGGGAGUUCAUGGAGUUGCUCACGGCCAGGAUGCUACUCUCAGGCUGGUUGCAGAAUAUGCAUUGCCUAAAAUGUUAUCAAAAAGUUGUGUUUUUUACCAAAAUAGACAUUUCAUGUAUAAA